CACUUAUCAGUGUUGAGUUGACGCUGACGGUACAUAUCGUAGGUUAUAUUUCAGUCACUUUUCGGCUUUGUUUUUUUUUUUGUUUUAUUGAUAUAGAAAACAUUUGCAAAUUUGGCCAAUAGUUAACGACUUUAGGCGGUGUUAACAGUGUUUUUGAACUACAGUAAUAUUAUCAGGGUGUUGUGUUGUUGUCGUAAUGCCUAAAAAUAUACAAACUUAUGUGUUUAUAGACCUGGAAACAACUGGAAUGCCUGUUCAAGAAAAUAACAAGACGAGGAUAACUGAAAUAAGUCUAGUUGCUGUAAAACGUGAACAUUUACUCGACACUCGUCCCGGUUAUUCUCCUCGAGUUCAGCAGAGAAUUACACUUUGUCUAAACCCUGGAAAAUACAUAGAUCCUGGCGCAACGAAAGUCUCUGGCCUCUGCAAUGAUCUCCUGGAAUACGAACCCACCUUCAAUCAAAAUCUCUUCAAUACCCUCAACUCGUUUAUCAACCUUCUAAAGAAACCUAUUUGUUUGAUUGCGCAGAAUGGACUUAAUUUUGACUUCCCAAUAUUAAGAAAUCAUUUGGAAAAACUUGGUGUUAGUUUUGCCAAAGAUAUUAAAUGUGCCGAUUGCUUUUAUGCAUUUUACCACAUUAUGGAAGGAAAAGACUCAACCCCAAAACUUGAAGACAUAGAUCAUGAGUCUGACAAUUCACAGAACUUACAAUCCACUAAUGAAAGCUCUCCUACAUCAUCACCUACCAAAGUGUGCCCUGAGACUCCAAUUAAAAGAGGUAUUAACCGAUCAAGAGUCCGAAGGCGAUUUCCAUGGUCGGACGGGAACAGGCCGAAAGAUAAAUAUAAAUUGAAAUAUAUUUACGAGAGACUGUUGAAUCGGACAGCGGUUAACCCUCAUCGUGCUGAAAAUGACUGUUUGUUAGCUCUGGAAUGUGCUGCAGCUUUGUCAAAACAAUUUGUGAAGUGGGUCGACCAAAACAAUUGUUUGUUCAGUCGUAUACAUCCUAUGACCGUCGGUGUGCCACUGCAUCAGGCAUAAUCAAAAUAUACUAUUGAAAUCACAAAUCUAUAAAUAUACAAACUUUUUUAAGAUGUAUUAUAUACAGAAUUUAUUAUUUAUAUACUUCUACAUGAAAAUCAAUGAUAACUGUUGUAUUGCAUAGUACAGGUGGUCGAGCUUUUUUAAAAUAUAUCUCAAUUUGUAAUACCAAAGAUUUAUAUCAAAUAUAGAAUUAGUAUUUAAAAUGUUAAUUUUUUAAAUAAAUACUGCGGUGCUGUUUUAUUAAAUAAUAUUAGAUUUAUAUUAAAAAAAAAACGAAUCUAUGUACUUCUUUUGUUAAAAAUUAUGACUAUUGUCUUAAAUUUAUAUUUUACUGUACACAAUAAAGCUUUACAUGUUUCA